AGAGAACAAUAUAUAAUUCGAUCUUGCAAACAAAAGGAGAAGAAGAUAAGAGAUAAAUCAACGCACCAAAAAGUAGAAGAAUCAUACAAUAAAAUAAUAAUCAGUGAUAUUUUAUGCUAAGAAUAAAAAUAAUAAAUCAUUGAAGCCUUUGGUUUGGUAUGAAUCAGCUGAAACACACACAGACAGAACGUAGCCAUGGAAAUCGCUUCUUGUCCGAUCCUUAACAAUCUUCACCUCUCUUCUUGCACAAAGUCUCCUCCUUUCACGAGCAACCUGUCCUCACACGACACUGGAAGAAGAAGACGAAGUUCCUUGGCUGUUUCCUCGGAUAGCCCAGAAAGAUCCCAGAUUCUCGGAAAAUGCCUGAGACUGCAGAGACAGAGAUCCUCUGCUCGUUGCUUAUCAGCGAGCAGAGAAGAUGUAAACCCAUCUGAAGAACUCGCUGUGAUACUUGAGGUUGAUGGGGUAAUGAUUGAUACAUGGUCUAGUAAUCGCCAGGCAUUUAAUGUAGCUUUUAAAAAGCUUGGGCUUGACUGUGCUAAUUGGCCUGAACCAGUUUAUUCUGACCUGUUGAGAAAAGGUGCUGCUGAUGAAGAGAAAAUGUUGGUUUUGUAUUUCAACCAGAUUGGAUGGCCUUCCUCCUUGCCAACCAAUGAGAAAGGGACUUUUGUAAAAAGUGUUUUGCGAGAGAAGAAAAAUGCUAUGGAUGAGUUUCUGAUGUCGAAAAGCUUACCUCUGAGAUCUGGAGUCCAAGAGUUUAUCGAUAAUGCAUACACAGAGAAAGUACCCGUUGCUAUCGUAACAGCUUACUUCAAGAGUGGAGACAAAGUAGCCUUAUCCAUUGUCGAGAUGCUUGGCGAAGAAAGACUUCCUAAUGUGAAGGUUAUAGGAGACAGUGAGGUGGAACAGAGUAUGUAUGGACAACUUGUUCUUGGCAAAGGAGUUUCUUCAAGUCUAGAGGAACAGCUAGUGAAAGAAGUAAAAAAAGCAGCAUCUGCUGAGAAACAGAGGAUAGCAGAAGAAGUUGCAUCCUUGCUAAAGCUAAGUGUGGACAUUGACACAAGCUCAUCUGAGAGGUGAAACUUUCUCUUCUUCUCUACAAAACAUGUCCAAUUCCAUAGCUCAAGAAGAGUGAUAAGAUAUCUUCCUUACUUUUUU